CACGGUCCUCCCCUUCUAGUCUCAACCAACCAUAAAUGUGCGGGCAAUGCCCUGAAUAAUAAAAUGUAUGUGUGCAAGAGGUUCAAGGCUUUUUCCGGAAAUAGUGGUUACAGACUACGGCUCUGCUGCCUGUGAUUUCUAUGACCUGACGGAGUCCUUUGCCAAGUGACUACCAUGAUAAUGGAGGCAGAUAAGCUAGAGCUCCGGAAUUUGAUCAAAAUGAUGGUGAAGAAGGACAAGCUGAUCGAGUCCGAUGUGUUGGAGAAAUACGUCCUGAUUCAAGCUCUGGUGGAUCAGAAAGUAAAACGGGCUUCCGAACUCGUAAAGCUCUGCGAGUCUGUGUUGGCAUGUGAAGCCGUUGUCAGGAAUCAAUACACCUUGCUGGGGUGGGAAUACACAGACUCUGAUUCUGAGGAUAAUGCAACAAGCUGUGGAACAUCAUCAACGCUGGAGAGCAGUGCAACACUUUAUGGAGGAAAUUCCAAAAAACCCUCCAUCAGGAAAGAACUAGUGGUGGUCUUGACCAGACUUUCUGAAAAUCAGAUGAAAACGUUUUGUCCUCCUACGCCUCUGGAUGACCACAGUGAAAAUGAAUCCUCCAACAACUCGGAUUGUGAUGAGCUGUGGGAACCAAAACAGAAGUCCGAUGAUUCCGAUUCUUCAUUCUCAAGUAACAAGACUGCUUCGAAAAGGAGAAGAAAAGGAGAUCAUAAGAACCAGAAACGUUUUCAAAGUCAAAUCAAAUCACAACAUGGCAGAAUUACCGUAGCUACGAGCAACGAAGGGAAGAUAUCAACACCCCAAGCAAGUGCCAAUACCGACGAUAAGAGUGCAGUAAUGAACACAUCAACACGACCAGCAAAACCCGAAGGAGCAAGCCCAGAACAGAACUGUGUUGUUCCUUGUCAAAAGUCUGAAGAAGUUACCGAGACUGCUCCCAGCGCGCCACUAGGAGCGAUCAAGGUUACCAUGAGUGUCCUGGCGAGAAGGAAGGCCAUGAGCUGGCGUCGGGGAAUAAUUCUCGAGAUGAUGGAAAGGGACGAUGGACGGAUGAAAUACAAGAUCCAAUUUGAGAGCAAGGGGAAGAGCCUCGUCUCCGGCCACCACAUCGCCUUUGACUACAUGCCAAAAGUGGACAGUCUGUUGGUCGGCACUCGUGUUGUGGUCAAGCAUCAGACUGAAGAGGGCCAGUUCUGCCCGGGGACCCUGGCAGAACUCCCAAGCAGGAAAAACCGCAUGAGGUUCCUGGUCUUUAUGGAUGAUCACACGCCGCUCUAUGUGAACUUACCUAGCCUUCACCUGGUGUGCAGACCAUUGACGGACCCCUUGGACGAUAUUCCAGAUGUCAGCCACAAGAGCUUCAUGCAGCGGUAUUUAAAGGCCUGGCCUUACCCGCCCCAGACACAGUACCGGGUUGGACAGGCUAUAAAUGCAGAAUUAAAUGGAGUAAUACAGAGGUGUACGGUGCAGACGAUCGACUCCAGCUUGUUUAAAGUUCUCGUUUUGGCGGAUCAACAUGAGGAAUGGAUCUACCGAGGCUCCUCAUGCUUGGAACACAUCAUCAAAAUGAAUCCAUCUUCUGGAGUCGCUGAAUCAUCAAAGGCAGCACCCUGAUGGAACAUUGAUGUGUAAAGAGAGCCGUGUGCUCUCAAGAUGGCGGCCCCUUCAUUUAGUGAAAGGUGCUCUACAAGGAUACGCUGGAACGUUUUUCAAUCCGCAUUUAAGUUACCUUCCAGCUGGAAGGGCCGAUUGAGAGCUAUAAAGAUUAUAGUAAAGUUCCAGAAGGGCUUACAGUAUUAGACAUCUGAUUCAUUGCCCUUGACCUGGUCAAUGCCCAUGCUGUUCAUGUGAACAAUGUCUGGAGAUCAUUCUUCCGACAUGCCCGAUAUAUUUGAUGCAUAUCAGAGAAUGUCUGUUUUCCUGGGGAAUGCGAUGGGCCUUGCAUAUGUUUCUGAAGAUUUAGACCAUUUAUAAUAAAUGUAUUUUAGUUUUUGUGUGAUAAGUUAAUAAAAACGAUAUGUUCAUUUCCAUCAA